AUGGCUCUUCCGCAGGAGCACCAGCGGGCGCUGGAUCAGCUGCGAACUCGGCUCAAUCAGCUGCUCAUCGCGCUUGAGUACUUGUACGGCAACAUCCAGCAACAGGACCCUCUCCCAUCAUGGCCUGCAUUGCAAUCAUUAGCGUCCAACGCCGGGCAAUAUAUGCAAGAACUCAGCGACACGCUCAACUCCCAACGCGAACUCUUCUCUACCCUGCACGCAUAUCCCACUUCGACAUUCCCAGCAUACGACCCCGGACGGCAAGAGUUGCUGUACUCGCUCCUCUACAAGAAGCUGGAUCUUCGAGCGGAAGAGUGGAUCGACGAGUCGUUAAAGGACACGACAGAGCAGAAUGGCACUGGCCAGAGCGACGGCUUAGCAUCUGAUCAGAUGGAGGAGCUGUGGAGUUGGGCGGGAGGGUCGCUUCGAAAGUUCCUCGAGCCGUGGGAUGAGGAGGGCAGAUUCGAGGACAACUUCACCGUGGCAGAGCGCGAGGCCGGUGUUGAGAACGUGGUGACGGGCAUCAAGAGAGAUUUGGACCCAGAUCCUGAUGAGGAGGCGAACCAGGUCGAGAUUCAGAAGGAGAAGGCGUUGAAGCUGGAAGAGACUGAGGGCCCGAUGCCGAGUGGUUACGACCCUAGCAAGCCUGCGAUGCCACUUGAGAGUCUGCUCAGGUUUGCGACUACUGGCGACAUGAAUCCUCCUGGAGCGAAUAGAUAG